AAUUAUGAUAGUCGGGUGUAAAAUGAAGUAGUUUAUAAAACAUUUUACGUGUUAAACUGUUUCAAUAUUGCUUUACAUGAAAUAAACAAACGCAGAGAUGUGCAUUGUUUGUUUAUGCAUAUAAAACGGAUAGUAGCAAGUAUUUUUGGCGUAUACGUAUUAACAUUUUAUAAUUUGAAACGUGUAGAUAUUCAGCAAGUCGAAAGUUGGAUGGUUGAUAUAACUCAUGGUAUAAACGUUGGAUUAUUAUUUCAUUUGUGAAAAAUAACCGAAAAUAUGGAAGUCGCCGGAAAAAGAGUUACUGAAGAAGAGGAACUGAUUGUUGAAGAAUUUGAAAAGGAAUGUGAACCAUGCAAGGGUGAGAAUGUUGCAACCACAGCGAAUGGAAUAUGCCGCGAAUGUGAAGAAUAUAUGUGUAACACAUGCUUUCGGCACCAUUUAAAAGCUAAACAGUGCAGAAAUCACGUUCUGGUUGACACACAAUGUUUGUCUUUGAAAGUGGCUCAUAAAAGUGCUGAAAAUGUUGAGAAGUGUAACCGUCAUACUAAUGAACAAAUAAAAUUUUAUUGUCGUACACAUGACAUUGUAGGAUGUGGCGAGUGUAUGAUACCAGAUCAUAGUGGAUGCAACCCUGAAAAUAUAAAAGGCUUUGCUAAAGGAUAUGAAGUCACUGAAGAUUUCAAGUGUCUGAAGAAAAAGCUUAAAGGGCUUUCGGUAUCAAAUGAUGACAACAAGAUAAAGGUCCAUGAAAACCAGAAAGCUAUUAAAUCGAUGUAUGAAAGAGCAUUGAAAGAUGUAAGAAAAUUUAGAAAAGAUGUCAACGAUUAUUUAGAUAAGGCAGAAAUAUAUAUAAUAAAUGAGGCAAAGGACAUUGAAAAUAGGAACGCCAGUCUUCUGACCAAGCUGGAACAGGAUUGUCAACUUCUUUCUUCUAAAAUUACUGAAAUUGAACAAAUCCUAAACAAAGAACUAUACUCGGACAGUGCACUGUUUAUUCAGACUGUAAAUUGCAAGCCCUUAGUUCUUGCUAUAGAGCAGGGAGUAUCCAGAGUGCAAACUACAAAUUGUACCAAAGAAUUUGUAUUUGUACCAGAAAAGCAGAUGCAUCUACGUAGCUCCAUACACAAUUUCGGGCGAAUUACAACUAAAGUUAGCGCAGUAAAUGCCAGUUUAGAAGCUAUGAAACUGCCUAGGGAAGAACAAGACAAGUCUAUUCAUCUUGAGGAGGAGCCUGUGUGGAAAACAAGAGACAAGAAGAAAAGUGACCUAAAAUCACCUCAGACAUUUGCUGUCGGUGCACGUGUACGUUUAGCAGAUCGGAAUAUUCAUAAGUUCAAUAUGGGCGGGCCUGGUACUGUGACAGCUGUACAUACAAACCCUGGCCAAGUCAGCGUGACAUGGGAUGCAACAGGAUUAAAAACGGUUCAUGGCAUUUCUCAACUUAAGCUUAUUUGAACAUUUUCCCACCACGCCCGCGAUGCAAAACAAUUAUGUUUCAGUGUGUUGAAAACCGGAGAGCAGAGACCCUUAAUUGUGAUGACAUUGUGCCAGAAACCACCACCACAAGCGAUUGUUGGACCGCAUAUAGUAGUUUGUGUCUUCAGGGCUUCAAUCACAAAACACUCAAUCAACUUUGUAGACUAUGAAACAGGAGCUCAUACAAACACAAAAUGGUGACAGCCAUGCCGUAAAGAACUCUGAUCUUAGGGACGCAAGCUCAUCAGAAACUUAAGUAUUGCCGUGUUCUGGUAAAAUAAAUGGUUGUCUUUUAUUUUCAAACACUGAAUGUACGCACGCAUCGAAUGUCCAGUAAGAGCAAUAAUGUUGGCGUAAAACAUUUUCUAUUCAUUUGAUCAUAUUGUUGAAAGUAUGUAUAUUUUCUAAAAUAGUUUUCAUAUUGUGUUGUUUUUGACAGGAUAUUUGUUUUGAAAGUCAUAAGUUUGAUUUAUCUCAAAUAUAAGCUAUGUUAGGUCAAACGUUGCUGAAUUACAUAUGUCAUAUCCUUUCUUAAGGUUCUUUUGGUAUUGUUGUACCUUCACGAUCCACGAUUAGGAUUUUAUUUUUUUCAUACAGUAAUAAAGUAAAGAACAAGAAACUUUUAUUUGAAUGUUAUACAGCAUCCUUUUUUCAUUGUUAAAACGAAGAAAGCAAGAUGUACUCGUAUGUUUGUUUCAAUUUACAACACAUGAGACAUAUCAAUGAGAGAUAAACAUACUUAACUUAUAAAAUCAAUUAAAAGCUUUGAUCAAGUAGGGUUUAGAUGUGCUUAGUAUUGUGUUUACUGAAGGACCCUAUUGCAUUAAUUGGCACAAGUGUGAAGGUUUAUCAGAAUGGCUGACUAUUCAGAAUAAAGGGCAAAAAACUAGUUGAAUAAUUGUUCGGGAUUAUGGUCAACAUAACAAUACAUAUUCACGUAGCAUUUGAAAUUUGUUUGACAAAUAUUCAUUUUAAAUUAACAAGCGCAGAAGCCGUUUAUUUGUAACCAUCGUAAUAUGUACGUAGAUCAAAUAUAACCACAUGUAUAGUACGCGAGUUUUAGACAAUCUCUGUCUGCUUUUUCUUUUACUUAGUUAAUACGCUCCUAAAUAAAUUUCUAUAAACAGUAGAUAUUUUAGUGUGAUGCAUUCUUAUAUAACACUAUUCAUAAUUUUGUUUGACCAUGUUACGUUUUUGUGUAUAUUAUGCUUAUUGUUGUAAAUCAAAUUAACUAGAACAUUUGUUUUCAACCUUUGUAAUCAGAAAUUAAUUAAUUUAUACUGAUUUGUUUAGGCUCGAUUGUGAUGAAAGAUUCAUAGAUACUGGAACCACUAUUGAGUCCGAUUCCUGGAAAAACCAGUACUGAUGUUAUAUGAGAAGUCAUGGUCGUGACCCCGUCGGGGCUCGAACCCACGACCUCUCGAUUGAGCGGACGACACCUUACCCAACACUUAGGAGUUAAUUCAUUCGUUAAUUUAUAUUGUGUGCGCUUUGUAUCAAGUAACUCUGUUGCUUCAUUGUUUCACGAUUGUAAUAAAAUAUAAAACACUUU